AUGUCUACUUCCGCUCGCCGCCGUCUCAUGCGAGAUUUCAAGCGCAUGCAGACCGAUCCCCCAGCUGGCGUCUCUGCCUCCCCAGUGGCGGAUAAUGUUAUGACAUGGAACGCCGUCAUCAUUGGGCCCGCCGACACACCUUUCGAAGAUGGUACCUUCCGCCUGGUGAUGAACUUCGAAGAGCAAUACCCCAACAAGCCUCCUGGCGUGAAGUUCAUCAGCCAAAUGUUCCAUCCCAAUGUGUACGGGACCGGUGAGCUGUGUCUGGACAUUCUGCAGAAUCGCUGGAGUCCCACCUAUGACGUGGCCGCCAUCCUCACCAGCAUUCAAAGUCUCUUGAACGACCCCAACACUUCGUCCCCUGCCAACGUUGAGGCCUCGAACCUUUACAAAGACAACCGCAAGGAGUACACCAAGCGUGUCCGUGAGACAGUGGAGAAGAGCUGGGAGGACUAA